AUGCCAUGUGAAGGCUGCAUGGAGAGGGACAAUAAGAGCACUGAUGUAACCAUGGAAUUCCUGCUCCUCGGCUUCUCCGAUCUGCUCUGUCUGCGGGUCCUCCUCUUCCUUGUCUUUUUCAUUGUCCAUGUGGCCACAGUGGUAGGGAACAUGAUGAUCUUCAUGGCGGUGCUUAUGGAGCCUUCACGUCCUCCCAUGCUCUUCUUCCUCUGUCAGCUCUCCGCCAUCGAGCUCUGCUACACCUUAGUCACUGUCCCUAAGGCACUGCUCAGCCUGGCAGUGGUGGGUGGCAGCACCAUUUCUUUCCUAGGCUGCGCUGCACAGAUGCUCCUGUUUGUGGCACUGGGUGGGGCUGAGUGUCUCCUCCUGGUAGCCAUGUCCUACGACCGCUACCUGGCCAUCUGCCAGCCACUCCACUACGGGGUUGUGAUGAGCCAGGGGCUGUGCCUCAGGCUGGCUGUGGCAUGCUGUCUGGGGGGGUGUGCUGUGGCCCUGGGGCUCACAGUGGCUGUUUUCCGCCUACCCUUCUGUCGGCCACUUCGCAUCAACCACUUCUUCUGCGACAUCUCUGCUGUGCUGCACUUGGCCUGCACACAGAGCUACAGCACUCAGCUGCCCUUGCUGGCUGCCUGUGUGCUCCUCCUGCUGCUCCCCUUCCUCCUAAUCCUGACCUCCUAUGGUUGCAUUGCUUCUGUUUUGUUACAUGUCCCUUCCUCUGUGGGAAGGGGCAAGGCCUUUUCCACCUGCUCUUCACACCUGUGCCUCACCUUGCUGCACUAUGGCUGUGCCACCUUCAUGUACAUUCGCCCCAAGUCUAGCUACUCACCAGCUCGAGACAAGAUGGUGUCUCUGGUCUACACCAACAUCACUCCAUUUCUGUAUCCCCUAAUUUAUGGCCUGAGGAACAAGGAAAUCAGAGGGGUCCUCAGGAAAAUGCUGAGGAGGAAGAAAAUGGCUCAGCUGCACUAG